CACCUCCACACGCUCGCCCGCCCGCCCCAACUUUCGCCUACCCGCGUCGAUGCUAAAAUAUAAACUUUCCCAGUGCACAAUAGUGCGUGCAGAACGAACUCGGACUGAAAACAUUUCUAAGUGAAGAUUUCGAAAUUUUUUGGUUAAAAAAAGUUCGGAUGUAAAAGUUCAGAUUUAUCCAGUCCGAAGAAACCUAAAGUUAAAUAGUCACAACAUUAGCAACCGAGUUAAAAUCAUAACUAUAUUUCAACCGUCCAUAAAUAAAUGUUGUAGUGUCCAUAACCGUGGUAGAUAUUAUUUGUGAAUUUAUAUAUAAACAGUGCUGAUGUUCUGGUGACAAUUAAGUUAAUGUUUACAAGAGUAGUUAUUCCGUACAAGGUGGGGCGUUGAGCGUGGAUGGUGUUGGUGGUGCGCUGGCGAUGUCGGCGCGGUGCGGGGGGAGGGCGGGGCGCGGGCGACGGUGAGGACGGUGUGGGGGGGCGUGAUGCGCGGGCGAGCGUGGUUGCUAUGCGUGGCGUGGUGCGCGUGCGUGGCGUGGUGGACCGCCGUGGUGAGGGCCACGGCCGCGGGGCAGGAGCUGCGUGUGCUGCAAGCAGACGCCCGUGCGGUUUUCUACGUGGGCAUCGCAGCGCCGUCAUCAGCCGCCGCCGUUGUGCACGCCUUCAACCGCUCGCUGGCGGAAAUCUCGCAUACGUAUCUUGCUGGCGACAACCCGCUCUAUCUGCGCAAUAUCACGCUUCAACCUCUUUACAUCGAGCUGCCCGAAGAUGAAAGAUUCAGCGCGCGGUUGCUGGAGCAUAGCUGCUCCAUUCUCGGCGGGCGGCGGGUCGCUGCUCUGUUCGUAUGCGGCGGGGGGCCCGCGGCAGCUGCCGUCGUGUCCGCCGCAAGCCGCGCCGGCGUGCCCGUGCUCCGGGCCUCACCUUCCCAUCUGCAUCUCUCUUACACCAUCGCCAAUGAUAUGCUUCCUUUGGAAAUACGGCUCGAAAUAACAGCAAGAGAAACACUUCAUGCGCUCAGGGCUACACUUUUACAUACACAUUGGCAUUCUUUUACUUUGCUUGCCGUGGAAGAUAUUUACUCAACAUUCUCCCUGAGAAAAGAUCUUUCUUCGAUACUAACAACUCAACCGCUUAAUCCUAAAUGGCUAUCACUUCCAACAAAAUACUCCCGUCACGCCCUAUUCAGGCGUCUCGCUGAAAUCUCCAGAUUAACUCGAGGCGUUGUAGUCUUGAUAUGUGAUUUAGACUACGCUAAGCUUGUAAUGGAUGAAGCCAAACGUCUAAAUAUGCUUGAUGGUCACUUCUUUUGGCUUUGGGUGGACGCCUCCAGGGAGUUUGAUGUCUUCCAUAAUAUCGGCAAUGGAACACAUUUUACAGACGAAAAUGACCAACAUCUUGGAAGAUUUUGGGAUAAAGAUCAAAUGUUAGAAAACGAACGUUUCGAUCGCCGCCGAAGAGAUGAUGCAGACAAUAAUACCACAAAAAGUUUGAAUAAAAAGAACAAGUCGUCGGAAAAAAUUAAACAAAAUGAAAGAAGGUUGAACUUUAGUCCAAAAAAUUCAAAUUUUAAUCAUCGUAGUAAUAUGAAUAAGUCAGAAGCGCACAGAGUUAAUAAAUUAUUAAAUGUAAAUUUUAGAAAAUCGUUCGACAGUAGUCGUAAUUUUAGUCCAGAAAAUAUUAGGAAUUAUGAUGUAAAUAUGAAAGGCGUUGAAACUUCUAAAACCGAAAGGAAUUCAAUUGAGAAUGGAAAAAUGUCCUUCUUUAUUAGUAAUAAUAUUAGAAAUAAUAGUUUUAGUCAAAUGAAAAACGAAUCUUUUAAUAAAUAUGUAAAUAGCAUAAAUUUAAAUAGAGUGAACAGUUCCGAAGACUCUAUAGAUGUAGUAAAUAUACAUAAUAAUGAAAUAAAUAGGACAUUGAAAGAUAAUUUAUUAAUUUCAAGUGAUAUUAGUGAUUUCUUAAUGAAUCCCACGGUGCAAACGUCUGUAACGCAUAAUUUAAGACAAAAAGUUGAAAAGAGAGGUGAUCAAACUGUAAAAAAGGAAAAAAGAAAAGUAAACGAAAAUGAAAAUAUUAAAGACAAUUUCACAGAAAUUUUCAAUAACUUUCCUAUUGGCUUGUUAGCUCUACAUCCACAACCAAUGAAAGUUGAUCGCACUUUCGUUCGGGCAGCUGUAAGAAUGACAAUUGGGGCUUUGAGACGUGUGCUGCGCGCUUGCGACGCAUGGUCUGCGCAAGCGCAGUUUUUUAGCGAUGCAGUCGCAUCUUGCUGGGAUGAACCGAGUGAUGCUGCCACUGAUUUCUCCACGGAGUUUGUACGAGAGACACGUUUAGCUGCGGCGGCGGCUUUAGCUGGAAACACCGAUAAAUCUGAGCGUGCACUCACAGCUUCUUUUGGUCUUCUCAACUUAGUUACCAAUGAAGAUGGUGGAAAUAUGUGGAGACAAGUGGGGCGUGUCCAAGGGCGCGAUGUCAGACUUCACACUAUAGUGUGGCCUGGGGGUCGUCUAGUUGCUCACGGCCAAUCAGAUGGAGCGCGCACAAUUUUUCGAAUAGUAACAGCUUUAGCGCCCCCUUUCGUCAUGGAAGGAGAACUAGAUGAAGAUGGCCAGUGUCUCAGGGGACUUUUGUGCCAUCGUCCACAAACUUCCGACCGAGAUAAUCUUACUCUUGCAUUUAAUGAGCUAGAACGAGAUUCCGAUCAAGAAGAGGCCGAUUUCUUUUUUCCUACACCUAAACCCAUGUUCUCUCGCAUGGCUACUCACUGCUGUUACGGGUUAGCUAUGGAUUUAUUGGAAAACAUUGCCCAGGAAUUGGAAUUUGAUUUUCAUUUGUAUAUAGUAGAAGAUGGCUUAUAUGGAUCAAGAAAGUUAGUAAAACCAUUUCAUAAACUGAGUGAGUAUAGAAGUACUGUUAAUCAGUAUCUUAAUCAACAAAGUUAUCGAGCGCAGUAUCGAAGCGUCAAAGGUUUAGAUAAUGAGUUUCCGUAUGAUGAUGAAUUUGAUGAUGAACCUGAGAAAUGGACUGGAAUUAUCGGAGAUUUAGUUUCUGGAGCUGCACAUAUGUCAUUUGCGGCAUUAAGUGUAUCAUCGGCCCGAGCUGAAGUAAUUGAUUACAGCCAGCCCUACUUUUUUAGUGGAGUUUCAAUAUUAGCAGCACCAAACCAAAGACCGGAUAUACCUUUAUUAGCAUUUUUGUUACCAUUUUCACCUGAAUUAUGGAUAGCAAUAUUUACGUCACUCAAUGUAACCGCUAUCGCAGUGGCUAUUUAUGAGUGGUUAUCUCCUUUUGGAUUAAAUCCUUGGGGACGUCAACGAUCAAAGAAUUUUAGUAUUUCCAGUGCCCUUUGGGUUAUGUGGGGUCUCCUUUGUGGACAUUUAGUUGCUUUUAAGGCUCCAAAAAGCUGGCCUAACAAAUUCCUCAUUAACGUUUGGGGUGGAUUUUCUGUGAUAUUUGUCGCCAGUUACACUGCCAAUAUAGCCGCCUUAAUAGCUGGAUUGUUUUUUCAUAAUGCUGUUGACGAUUAUCAAGGACGAAGCAACUGGCUUUCAUUGCGAGUGGGGACAGCGCGGUCGUCGGUAUCCGAAUAUUACGUCCAAAGAAACAACCCACAGCUGGCGCAGCAAAUGCGCCGUUAUGCUCUACAAGAUAUAGAAGAAGGGAUCCAGAGACUCAGGAAUGGAACUCUGGACCUCUUGAUAGCAGAUACUCCCGUUUUAGACUACUAUAGGGCCACUGACCAUGGGUGCAAGCUACAAAGGGUUGGAGAUCAUGCCCUUGCUGAAGAUACAUAUGCUAUUGGUAUGGCCAAAGGAUUUCCUCUGAAGGACAGUAUUUCAGCGGUUAUAGCAAAAUAUUCGUCGAAUGGGUACAUGGAUAUUCUUACUGAAAAGUGGUACGGAGGAUUAUCAUGUUUUAAACUGAGUCCGGACUAUGGAAUCCAACCAAAACCAUUAGGUGUGGCGGCGGUGGCGGGCGUAUUCAUUCUACUUGGCGUGGGAAUGAUUGUCGGCUGCCUCAUAUUGAUCCUUGAGCAUCUGUUUUAUAAAUAUACUUUGCCUGUGCUGCGACACCAGCCCAAAGGGACAAUAUGGAGAAGCAGGAACAUCAUGUUCUUUAGUCAGAAAUUGUACAGAUUCAUAAAUUGCGUCGAGCUAGUGUCUCCACAUCAUGCUGCCAGAGAAUUGGUCAACACUAUAAGGCAGGGACAUUUUACUUCUUUGUUCCAGAAAAGUGUUAAAAGGAAGGAACAUGAACAGCGCAGACGCCGUAAAAGCAGAACACAACUAUACGAGAUGAUACAGGCUAUACGAAGAGUACAACAACGUGACCAUUCUUUGGGUUCAAUUAAAGAGCAAGAAACAGUAGAAACGACUGAAGUCUCAGAAGGCUUGACAGAAUCAAAAUUUUUAUCUCCUUCUCCCGACAUUCCAUCUCGGUCACCGAGACCUCAAGGUCGUUCCCCCCGGCUACUCCGGUCUCCCAGAGGACGACGGAAACGAUGCAGUCUCGCAGGUCUUAACGUUAGAAGAUUUAGUACAGAUUCUGUACUAGACUCUGAAUCAGUGUCCGUUUCGAAUAUAUAUGAAAGAACCAGUAUGAAUAUAGGAAGAAGAUUAAGCCGCGAUGUUAGCUGUCUAACAAAUUCUCCCCCAGAUAUUAAUACCCGUCUCAAAACUCCAUCUCCAAUGAUUAGAAGAGCUGAAGGUUCAUCUACUAGAUCAUAUCAAGAUGUAUCCGACAGAUCAGAUAAUUAUCUAAGUACAGACGCACCCAUUUCUAGAGCGAGUGUUGAAAUUCUGGUAUCAGAAGAGCAUGAGGUUCCUCCAGCUCCCCCAUAUCCAAGAAUACCACCAAUGGGCGCCAGAUCAGAAUUAUCCCAGUUAUCAGAAGAGGAGUUAGUUCGUUUAUGGCGAAGUUCUGAAAGGGAAGUGCGAGAAGCUCUUCUAGCAGCAUUACAAGAAAAACGUGCAAACUUGGAUCCAAAACAGGAUCCUGGAUGAAAGGAAUUUUCAGCGCGGGUGGAAAGAAAUUGGUUUGUAGAAUCAUUUAGAAGUUGUCGUUGCUGCUCGUCGCAAGUGCGAGAGGAGACAACACGAGCAGGCGCGAGAUGGCUGAUAUAGUGCCUUUUUAUAAUGUUUGACGCGGACACGUCUCUCAGGCGUUAGUUAGACAUCGGUGUUCAUUUCAGUGUCUUGGUAUUAUCGUAUUUGAAAGCUGCCUUAAUUAAAAUUUAAUUCACAGUUUUCAAUCCGCGUCGAGCAAUAUAAAUAUUGGUACUGGAUAGAUUGCGAUGGAGAUUGUUUCGUCCAGAAUUUCAAAUAAUUUAAUAGAAAUUUGAGGAAUUGUAGAAUUGAGUAUGUUUAUAUGUUAAUGUAAAUUGUAUGUAAAAUAUGACAAAUAGCUGUGACCAGGAGAUAAAGUGCUUUAUCCUAUAGUCUAUGUAGAGGGAGGAAAUAUAUUUAUUUCCAUUCGAAUUGAACAUAAGUUUCUAUAGUAUAAAAGUUUGAAUGCAAAUUCAAACGUAAAACUUACUCGAUUUUUAGUAUUAGAUACUAAGUUUAACCUCGAAUAAAAAUUGUUAAGUUUUAUAUAUCCAACAUUCCACUUCAAUUAGAUUUUGCGAUAAAAUACAACAGUACAAUUUAUUGAAUAAUAAAAAUAAAUAAUUUUCAAUUCAAAUCUAGAAUAUGAGUAGAUUUGCUUUCGUACUCAAAAAGUAAAAAUGCUUAUAUAUUGUACAAAUGACUAAGGGUGAGUUGCACCAUCAAAUUUGACCUUGGUUUUAACCGGCGCCCCGCUGACGUUUAGACAAAAUGGCGCACGUUAAUGUUAACGUCAAAUUUGACGGUGCAACCCACCCUUAAUACAUUGUCUUUAAUCUCCUAUUAGGUAUUUUUCAUUUCUCUUGAUAAAGUAGUAUAUACCAACCAACUUCACAAACUUUCUCAUUUUUUUUUAAAUCCAUUAAUAUUUGUUUUCCAAUAAUUAUAAUUUCAAAUAAUUGAACUUAGUAAUAAGAAUAGGUAUUAGUGUAUUUAAUUAAUGAUUUUCCUAACAUACUGUGUAUAUUUUUCGUUGUUUUGCUAUUAUUGGAUAAGAUGUUUGAAGAUUUCAAAUUCAUCUUAUCCGAAAACCUUUGCAUAAACUAAAGGUGUAUUAGUUCCUACAUUAUUAUGUAUCACCAUUUUGUUUUUUUUAUAAAUAUAUAUAUACGAUGCGAUGUGUGGUAGAAGACACUUGAAUUAGUAGUGGCACGAGAUUUUUCAACGCUUAUCGCUUGUGUAAGUGGAACUCAUUACUAGAUUUUUAACCAAAACUUACAACUUAUAUAUAAACAUCACAACUUAUAUAUAACAAAACUUAAUAUACAACUUUAAAAGUUCUGUGAAUAGAAUACAAAUACUACUUAAUACGCUUAUUUAUCAAAAUAAAUAUUAGAAAAAGGUAAAUCGUAUCUUCAAAUUACACGUGAAGUAAUUUAUUUAGAUUUCUUAUUCUGAAAAAGCAUUGCUGUGAAGAACCUGAUCGCAUAAGCACAAUAUCUGUGGAGGAUAUAAAUAAUACUUUUUUGUUCUGAUUAUUUUUAACUAGCUGAUAAAAAUAACUUUUUCGCAAAACAGAAAUGACUAACAACUUAGGAAGACUAUAAAAUUAUAUAUUUUCAUUUGCCGCGUUUUACGUUUUUUUUUUAAUUUACGAAUUUUCAAAAUUUCUUUCCUAACACUUACAUGAAUGCUCCAAAAAAUGUUACAGCUACAUUUCAAGUUUACACGUUAAGUUGUUUUGAAACAAAAUACUUAAUUUUAGGACAACAAAAGCGAUUCAGCAUAAAACCAAAUCUAAUUAUAUCAAUUACAUUUUCAAAUAACAAUAUUUUACUUGGAUAUAAGUAUUCAUAGUUACUGUUUAAGAUGUAGUUAGUACGAUAAAAUAAAUAAACUGCCAUAUGCGUCUAUAAAGUAGGCAAAUAGAGUAACACUCUUCCUAGACUUGCACCUUCUAGAUAUAGUCUAGAUAUUUUCUCUCUUAUCAACUUAUGCUUUAUACCUAAUAUUAUUACCUAGUCUUCUUCAGAACUCUAAUAAUGGUAACACAAUUCCUAUAAGCAAUAUUUUUUCAAUAGGUUUUUAUAGAAAUAGGUUUUAAGAACCUACGCUUAAAGAAAGGCUAAUCUUAAAUUAAAACUACCAUAGCUUUACGUAGAUUUCCAAGUUGUUAAUAUGAUUUGAUAUCUUAUAUUAGACUCUUUCAUCAAGAAAUCUUUCUUCUUAUUCCAAUUGCACAGAUUCUAUAAAAUUAUGAUAAAACCUAUGAGCAAUAAACUUUAAAACUCAAAUCGAACUUAAUAGUUCGAUGGUGUAUUGAUUAAUUGAUUUCAUCGGUCUUCGCAUUUGGUAAUUAUAAGGCCUAGCACAGAUAGCAACUUACCAGUUCAAAAAUUUAAAAAAUAUUAGCGUCAUGUAGUGAUCUCUCUCUAAAGAGCCUAUGGUAAAAACUCAAAUACAGUUUUGUCAGUUCUGAUCCUAACUUGAUAACUACUUCUUCAUCAUUCUACUUGAAAUUUAGUAGCAAUUAAUUUAAUGUUAAAUGUUCAAAUUUCACGCAAUAAUUAAAAAUAACAGCUGUUAUGAAUAGCGGCAAAUUAUCAUUUUUCGUCCUUAGAAAAUAAUUUGGUUUGACCUGUUUUUUGUCAGCUUACCUUUUAUAAAAAUGAGUCAAAUGAAAAUUAGAACCUUAAUUUUAUUAUUAAAUUAAUAUUAUUAAAAUGAAUGAAAAUAUAAAUUGAAUGUUUAUGAUUAAAUUCAUAUCUGCGUUACUUAGUAUAAUAAAUUAUCUGCGUUACUUAGUGUAAUCUUUCAAAUAUUGUCGUUUCCAAUUUUGGACCAAACAUUUCUUUGUUAUAGAAAUGACAUACAAUUCUAUUGGAUGUGAGUCAUCUAGUGAUAUUUAAAGUCUUAUGCAUUUCUCUCUCUAAUGUAUCUACAAAUAUACUAAUAGGUAGAUGAUUUAAAGUUACGAUAUAAGAGAUUUCGACAUAUUUUAUGCAAUUAGAAUAGGUAAAUAUAUAUAAUUGGAGAAAAAUCACGAAAUACUAAUUUUAAGUUGUUGGAAUAAUGCAAACUGUCGUGUUUCUUUUUCGCAUCGAGAAUAUGUGAUGGCUUUAUUGAUAGGUAUUCAGAAUUAUUAGGUCACUCUUUUGCAUACGAAAUUAUAUACGAAAUACAUAUGUGUAUUGUAAGAAAUAUAUUAUAUCGAUAGAAUUUGCCCACUACAAAUAGCUACGUAAAAAAAUAUAAUAUGUGUAACACCUAACUUCAUACUUUAAAAGCAAGGUAUGAAUUGAAUUGAAUAUGUAUAUAAUUAUUAAGUAUGCAAGUAAUUUUAAAACUAUGUAAAUGUUAAAAUAAUAAAUAAAUUUAAUAUGAAAACAGAGAAUAAACUUAGGAAAAUUAGCUAGCUUAAUAUAAACAGAUAGCUGUUAUAUGUACUAUUUUAAUUUUAGAACGAAACGCCAAUUUUAUUAGAGCUAAUAAUAAUAAAACUGAUCUGUAUAUUAUUGUACAUAAUACAAGAUUUUAUUGGAAGUAAAUAAAAAUGAAUAUUCAAAAUUCGGAAUAUCAUUAAUUUGGCAGUAUUAUCUAAUUAAAUGGUCAAAUUAAAUGUUAAUUUUUUUCUUAUAUGAUCUUUAAAUGAUAUCUGAAAUGGUACCUAAAUUGAUCUCUGAAUUUUAAUCUUAUCUCAUCUUAAUAUGAAUGCGAAAUUAAGCUUGUUACCUUUUAACAGCAUUUAUACCUGUUUAAUUAUAAUCAUAAAUACCUUAGUCGUGAAGUAUUAAGAUAAUACUUGCUUGUGCUACUUUUGAUGUGAUAAGUUGCUACUUUCCCAUGGAAACUACUAGAAAUAAAUUAAUACACUCGACAAGCGAUCAAUCGAUUACUAUGAAGUCACUUGUUUGUUGGAACCGAUCGAUUUGUACCUACUGUCAAAUUAAUGAAAUCUAUUAAGGUCAUAGUUGAAAAAUAAAAAUAUUUGUGCCAAAUUUGUGUUUUAUUUCUACGUUCCUGUUUAGA